CUCAUUAACAUAAGAAUACAAAUCCGGAACAGAGAGCGAGAGUUAAAAGCUAAGUGUAUUGCUAAGAAAAUACCUCAAAAGAUGCUAUAAAAAUCAACGAAUUGGUAGAAGAUAUAAAAUAUCAUGUCAGAUAUACAACUAAGAAGAGAUAGUUUUGGCUAUUUGCCCUAUCUAACACACUGGGCGCCACACGAACCGGCUAUCAAAAAGUCAUACGUAGGAAACACAGAUCACUGGUCUAAGAUGAAACACAAGGUCGCGAGUAUUUCAAUACACGACCGUACAGGAAAGACAAGGGUAUUUCAGACAGAUAGAAUGAGGCAUGAACAAAUUGAAGGUAAGAAACCCCACGAUAACCUGAUACGUUUUCGGCACGAGAUAGAUGGGACCCUCAURAGGAUAGGAGGCCCAAACUUUUCAGAUCUGAUAGUAAAAGAGUUACAUGGUAAACUGCCUGGAGAUUACUACAAGCCGCGUCCGCUGCCACCAAAACUCCUCAGGACAGCGGCUAAUGCAAGGGCAAAGGAGGGGAAUAAAUACUGGUACAUCGAGAAGAAGUACACGAGUAAGAAAGACCCUGGAAAGUAUACAUUGGGAUCAUCUAAAACAUUUCUUGGUUAUGGUCAGCCAUAAGUGAGAUAUCAAGACUGUCAUGAUCAAGUGAAGCUCAGUUAAUGCCCCUCUUGCUGAUGUCGAAUUUAUUAUUUGUCAGAACCAGUGGAAGUAGAAUAUAAUUGGGCAGCUGAUCGAUGAUACAUCAAAAAGGCAAUAUUUUACACCGUGUUUAUGUGCUGUGAAGUACUAUUGUGUGGUAUUCUGACUCGAGGAAUAUCGUUUAAAUUUAAAAGAAAAGUCCAAUCAUUAAAGAAUUUUCAAACUCAACUCAACUCAAAAGGGUGAAACGUUUAUAAAGAUAGGCAGCUAUAAAGGAAAAAUUCCUUAGAUAUACAAGGAAAGCAUAUUGAGGGGUGACCCAUGCAUGGCAUUGCUGUUAGUUCAGUUACUAAGAGCGUUGAUCUGUUGUGCGGGAGGUCGUGAUUCGAGUCCCGGCCGGACCAACACUCAGGGUCUUGAGAUAACUAAGGAGAAGGUGCUGCCUUCGUGAUUACAUCUACAAAUGGUUAGACCUUCAUGUCUUCUGGGACAAGGAAUUAAAACAGUAGGCCUCGUCUGUCCUCAUUAUAACCCUAUCAAGAGAAUAUUGAGUAAGCUUACUUAAUAUUCUCUUGAACCCUUUACAAAGCGGACGUAAAAGACCCACUUAAGACGCUGUUGACUACCAUCUUUAGUGUCUGUGCUUAUAAUUCCUACAGGGCCCUUUGCAAAUGUAUGGACGCUUUCCUAGGACCAACCAAAACCCAAACGAUUUAGAUUAAUCUGUUCCGUUUAUUUAAUUGUCUUGACUAAGUAAUUGAAAGGUAAAGAUAAUAAUGAAAAUUUCUAAUCGUA